AGUUUUUGAAACUCAUCCACUCUAGACAGACGACGUAAACGAGAUCUCGAACUACGGGAAGAAAAUCUCGCCACGUUUGACGCCGUCGUGUCCAGAAGUGAUUUUCCCGACGUUUUCCAUUUAAGUUCAUAUCCUAUCACCUUAAAUAGGUAAUUAAAAUUAUAUUUAGUUUAUUUGAUAAUUUUCCGACCAUGUCAAUUUUUAAUAAAUGACCAAUUUUAUAUAAUCGCCACAUAGAUUUAGCAUGCCGACAUCUACAAGCAGUACUAGUAACGCUAUGGCAUCGGCCGAGCAGCCGUGUUAUACCCUGUUAUAUUCAUCGAAUGACGAUGAACAGGCCAAUGAAUUGCAGUUGAAACAGGAUUUGGAAAAGGGCUCAACGAAAGAAAAACAGGAAGCACUUAAGAAGGUUAUUCAGUUGAUACUAGCGGGAGAGAAGAUGCCUUCACUGCUUAUGACAGUCAUUCGGUUCGUCAUGCCUAGUCAAGAUCACAUGUUGAAGAAACUACUAUUGAUCUUCUGGGAAAUUGUUCCAAAGUAUUCAAGUGAUGGUAAAUUGAUGCAGGAAAUGAUAUUAGUCUGCGAUGCGUAUAGAAAGGAUUUACAACAUCCCAAUGAAUUUAUUCGUGGAUCAACUUUAAGAUUUCUUUGUAAACUCAAAGAAUCUGAGCUCUUAGAACCUUUAAUGCCCGCCAUUCGCUCUUGCUUGGAACAUCGUCAUUCUUAUGUUAGACGAAAUGCUGUUUUGGCCAUCUUUACGAUAUUCAGAAAUUUUGAUUUCCUUAUUCCUGAUGCUCCUGAAUUAAUUGCAAACUUCUUAGAACAAGAACAAGAUGCCUCUUGCAAGAGAAAUGCUUUUAUGAUGCUCAUUCAUGCUGAUCAGGACCGAGCACUAAAUUACUUAUGCAGCUGUAUAGACCAAGUAAACAGUUUUGGUGACAUUCUGCAAUUAGUAAUUGUUGAACUCAUCUAUAAAGUUUGUCACGCAAAUCCUUCGGAAAGAGGAAGAUUCAUUCGCUGUAUUUACAACCUUUUGAAUUCUAACUCUGCAGCAGUACGAUAUGAGGCAGCCGGUACUUUAGUAACUCUGUCCAAUGCUCCAACAGCCGUAAAAGCAGCAGCAUCCACCUACAUUGAAUUGAUCCUCAAGGAGAGUGAUAACAAUGUGAAACUAAUUGUUCUUGACCGACUCGUACAGCUCAAAGAAUUGCACGAGAAAGUCUUGCAAGAACUAAUCAUGGACAUAGUUCGAGUACUUAUUACACCAGACUUGGAUGUACGCAAGAAGACAUUAGAUCUAGUUUUGGAUUUGAUAUCAUCGAGAAAUAUUGAAGAAUUAGUUCAAGUUCUACGUAAAGAAAUUGUUAAGACCAAUAAUUCAACUGAACAAGAGGAUAUGGGAAAAUAUAGGCAAUUACUAGUUCGAACACUUCAUCACUGCACUAUCAAAUUCCCUGACCAGGCUGCGUCUGUUAUUCCUGUUCUCAUCGAAUUCUUAUCGGAUCAAAAUGAAUCGGCUGCAGUAGAUGUUUUAGUUUUUAUAAGAGAAGCUAUGCAAAAGUUCGAACAGCAUCGUAAUCUAAUGAUUGAAAAAUUAUUAGAAACAUUCUCAUCUAUAAGAUCAGUAAAGAUAUAUAGAGCUGCCAUUUGGAUUUUAGGCGAAUACUGUAAGAGCGUGGAGGAUUUACAAGCUGUUAUGACCUUAAUCCGUCAGUCUUUAGGUGAACUGCCUAUUGUUGAGGACGAGCAACACCAAUUAUUAGCAGAAGCAGGCGGUGAAACAAGCGAACAAUUAACGGCGCCUAAUACUAAUGUUCAACGUUUGGUAACAGCCGACGGUACAUAUGCUACACAAUCAGCCCUGAUUUCAACGUCUUCAAGCAACACGAAAAGGGAGCGUCCAGUUCUCAGAUCUUUCUUUUCUGAUGGAGAAUUUUUCGUUGCCGCUGCCCUCAGCACAACUCUCACCAAGAUGGCUUUACGCUAUGUAACUUUGGUACCCGAGAAGGAAAAACAAAAUAGAUUUGUCGGUGAAUGUUUGUACAUUGUUGCUUGUAUCAUGCAUUAUGGAAAAUCUGGUAUGCCCACAAAACCAAUCAAUGAAGACGAUUAUGAUAGAUUAUGCCUCUCGAUGAGAGCAUUAUGUGAACAGGUUCCAGUGUUAAAACACGCAUACAUAGAUGAUUGCAGAAAUGCCUUAAGAGAAAUGCUGGCUGCCGUUGCCAAAGAAGAGAAGGAAGAGGCUACAAAGAAAUCUGGUUCAACUGUUAAGGUUCACGCCGAUUCACCUGUAACGUUUUCACAGCUAUUAGAUAGUAAUGAGCUGGGAGUUGGCGAAGAUUUGUUUGAGUUAACGCUCAGUCAAGCCUUAGGCGUUAAAGGUGAAAAAACCGACACAAUAUCGUCCUCGAAGUUAAAUAAAGUCACACAGUUGACCGGAUUCUCUGAUCCAGUUUAUGCCGAAGCAUACGUAAACGUCAAUCAAUACGAUAUAGUAUUGGAUGUUCUAAUCGUCAACCAGACAGCAGAUACAUUACAGAAUGUUGUACUUGAAUUAGCAACUCUAGGGGACUUAAAGUUGGUUGAAAAACCCUCACCAGUUACACUGGCACCAAAUGAUUUCAGUAAUAUAAAGGCGUCAGUAAAAGUAGCUAGCACCGAAAAUGGUAUAAUAUUUGGAAACAUUGUUUAUGACGUGUCUUCGGCAGCUUCAAGUGGUAACUGUGUUGUUCUGUCCGACUUACAUAUUGACAUUAUGGAUUAUCUGGUGCCUGCCUCUUGCACUGAUACCGACUUCCGACUGAUGUGGGCUGAAUUUGAAUGGGAAAAUAAAGUCGCUGUCACUACUCAGUUAACCGACCUACGUGACUAUUUGGACCAGUUGCUGAAAGCAACGAAUAUGCGCUGUCUAACGCCACCAGCAGCUUUGGACGGUCAUUGUGGAUUUAUGGCAGCGAAUUUGUAUGCCAAGUCGAUUUUCGGAGAGCACGCUUUGGCAAACGUUAGUAUCGAGUUGCCUCCGUCAGGAAAUAAAGCUGUUGUGGUUCAGGGUCAUAUUCGAAUUAGGGCCAAGAGCCAAGGUAUGGCUUUAAGUUUGGGCGAUAAGGUGAAUUCUUCUCAGAAAAAAUUUAAACCAACCAGUUCUGUUGCUGUUGGUGAACAUUAA